CUAAUUAGUUGUAGCUGUUCCUCAACAAAAAUUGACGUAAAGAUUUAUUUUGGGACACCAUCACGCAAAUGGCAACCGGUCUGGUCUCAGUUACCCCAAGCACCAGAAAAAAAUAACACAUUUAAUCGGUGAUCUAGAACAGCAGUUGAACCAAAACCAUAUAUCAACAACACAAUCAAUUGGGUAUCUUGAACCAUUUCAUAUUCAUCCAUAGGGGAAAUUGAGGUGUAAGGAAAUAUAUCAUUCCCAUCCCAUGGAUCUGGUUUCAAGUUUCUUUGAAAAUAUCCUUACGGUUGAGGCUGUAGAGCCUACGAAGAGUCCGCCUACAAAGCCGGUAGCUUCUGAAGUCAAUGUUACCAGCAAUCCAAUCAGUAACAAUAACUACGGGUCAAAUAUGAAAAGGGAUUCUUCAACCAAUGUCAGUCUCAGUUCCACUAGUAAACGAAGAUCAGAACUUGAUUUUAGUUCAUUCUGGAAGUAUAAUUUGCUUGGAUUGAGUGAUGAUUCUAAGAAGGCAGGAUCGGGUUCAGGCUCUUAUACAAACACUAUUUUGAUGGACAAAUUAGUGGAAAAAGUAAUCACUAUGAUGUUACCUAUAGAUGUGAAUGAUUUGCAUACCAGUAGAGUAUUGAAUGCUAGAAUUGAGUGUCAGAAAGAGCGUCCGCCAUUAUCCAUUAAUAUCAUGUCUAAAAACUCACGUCAAAUGGCGCAACGAUUAUCUGAUACAUUUAUAUUCAUUGAUAAUUGUAUUAUUUACUUUAGUUGGUCAAAUCCAUUCUACACUAUAGGAGUUUUAACAAUCAUAACUCAUUUAAUAUUGAAUCCGUAUUUUCUUUCCAUUUUCCCAUUGGUGAUGUUAAUUGUAAGGGUCAUCAUACCACAUUAUUUAAUUGUUUAUCCACCUGAUACUUCAUAUAAUUCUACUUAUUUCAAAUCCAAUCCAAUCCCAUCCGAGGUUCCAUUGAAUGAUUAUAAAAUUCCUAAACCUAUACCUGAAUUUUCAAGAGAAUUCGUCAUGAAUUUCACUGAUAUGCAAAACCAUAUGCUGUUUCAUAUAGAUACUUUUGAUUUCAUGACAUGGUUGACUAGUGAUUAUUUAUAUUUCAAAGAUGAAAACGUUACUUCGAUAGUAUUGCUUUUAAUAAUUGGUUUAAUCACAGGUAAUCUUAUAAUCUUACCUCGUGUCAUUCCAUUUUUCCUUCGUAAUAUUUAUCUUGUACAAAUAAUGCUUAUAUCAUUUGUGUGGGGGUUUACGAUUUUAUUUCAUCCAUCUGUGAAAUCAAAAAUCAUGGAAUGGAUAUAUAAUGAAGAUACUAGAUUAAAUGCAUUAGAAAUCAGUAAUAGAUUGGAAGUGAGAUUAUUAAGUUAUUUAAUUGCCACUGAAAAUGAACCAAGUUUAAUACAAAAUAAUGAAGCUGAAGCUAUUGCUAAAGGCUUAAUACGAGAAGUGGAAAUAUUUGAAUUACAAAGAUUGGAUAGAAAGACUAAGUUUUGGAAACCAAUUGGAUUUACUAAUAAUAUUUAUACUAUCAAUACAGCUACUAGGAAGUUUAAUGUUAGUUUAUUAAAUAUGGGAUUAAGAUAUAAUCAUUUAUCGAAAGAGGAAUUGAUUCGAGAAAUUAAUAAUUCAUAUAUCAGAUUAAAUAAGAAAUCAUCGAUUGAUGAUAUUUCAGCUCCAAAUAGUUGGAAAUUUGUUGAUGGAAAGAAAUGGGAAUUAGAUCUUGAUUGUAAAAAGUGGGUGAAAAGUAAAUUAGUUGAAGAUUUAGUUCAUAUUGAUGAUGAUGAAAAGUGGGUUUAUGAUUUACACGUUGAUGAUGAGAAUAUAGCAAAUGAUGGAGAUGAUACAGAUACUUCCAACGGAGGUCAUGAAUUGGGAUUUAAAGAAGUUUAUCGUAGAAGACGUUGGGUCCGAUAUUGUUCACGAUACGAUCUUCGAACUAAGCAAGAAAGCUAACAAAAAUCUAAUUAAUUUCUAAUGCAAAACAUAAUAAAAGGAUAUGGGAGGUUUCAUAAAAAAGCGUUAGCGCAAACUUAAAAUAAAAUAAAACAAAAUAUAUAG